CAUAAUACGGAUCGAGAUUCUGACAACCUUUAGUACACCUGCUCUAACCGAUUCUUACCACUCAGGGGGUCUCAAAAAUAUAAGUCCCUCCCAUAGAGACUCACUCACUGAAGCCAACCCUAGUGACUUACCCCUCGUACAGUAGCAGCACACAGCCCCUUUCCUGCCGUUCUCGGCCAAAAAUCCCACCACAAUCCAUCAAUCAUUCGAACCGCGCGAGAUGGCGAUGCCGAGAUCCAUCCCUCCAUCCCAACCACUGAAACCACACACACGCUACGCACGUGACACCCGUGCCGCCGCGGGAGAUCUGAAUUCUGACCCCCCCCCCCACCCCCAGUCUCCCACCACCGGAAUCCCCCCUUCCCCCGCCGCUCGCACGUGCCGUAGUAGCGUACUACUCCACUCGUAUAACCCCCGCCGCCGCCGCCGCCUCCCUUUCCCCUCUCGCCCAAUUUUGCGGGAAACGCCAAGCCCACCACCACACCGCGACUCCGCGAGCGAGAGAGGAGACAAACCCCUCUCCACCUCCCCCCAAAACCCUAACCCCUCCUCCUCCCACCUCCCGCCACGCCACCAUGGCCUCGCCCCCGCCGCCGCCGCCCUCCGCCGCCGCCCCCGGAUCGCCGCCGUCGGCGCAAGUGGUGGGGAACGCGUUCGUGCACCAGUACUACAACAUCCUGCACCAGUCGCCGGAUCUCGUCCACCGCUUCUACCAGGACGGGAGCCGCAUCGGCCGCCCCGCCUCCCCCGCCGCCGCCGAGAUGGACACCGUCACCACCAUGGAGGCGAUUAACGCGAAGAUCGUGUCCAUGGACAUCGUGCGGGCGGAGAUCAAGGCGGUGGACGCGCAGGAGUCGCUGGGCGGGGGCGUCACGGUGCUCGUCACGGGCCACCUCACCGGGAGCGACGACGUGCGCAGGGAGUUCUCGCAGUCCUUCUUCCUCGCGCCGCAGGAGAAGGGAUACUUCGUGCUCAACGACAUCCUGCGCUACGUCGGGGGGGAGGGGGAUCAGGAGGUGGAGCCGGAGCCGGAGCUGGAGCUGUCGUUUCCGCCGUCGCAGCAGCCGGAUUCGGUGCCUGCUCCUUCGGCGAAUGGCACUAGCGUGCCGCGGGAACAGGAGGCCUUCUCGCAGCCGGAGCAGCAUGUGGCUGAUCCUGCACCCAAUGCUCAGGAGGCUGAUCUCAACGGCGAGGAGGUUUAUAACCCACCGAACAACACAGAGGGGCCUGUUGUGGAGGAAACGCCGAUUCCUGAAGUUAUAGAUGAAGUGCCAAAUAACGUAGCUGUGGCUAUGCCGACUCCGCCUGCCCCUGCCCCUGCCCCUGUACCACAAGAGGAGGCCCCCAAGAAGUCGUAUGCUUCAAUUGUCAAAGUCAUGAAAGAAAUUCCACCACAAAUAUCUGCAAUUCCUUCCAGGCCGGCACCACCAAAACAAGAGAAGCAAGUUGCUCCUGCACCUGUUGCUCCGGUUGCUGAUGCUCCAACUUUCAGUCCUAAUCCUGAAAGCAGCAACAUUCAAGAGGCUGAAGUUGAUGCACAUGCGAUAUAUGUACGGAAUCUGCCUUUAAGUGCCACGCCUGAACAAUUAGAAGAAGCAUUCAAGAAAUUUGGCGCUAUCAAGCCGGACGGAAUCCAAGUUAGAAGUCACAAGAUUCAAGGGUUCUGCUAUGGGUUUGUAGAGUUUGAAGAUCCCAGUUCAGUUCAAAGUGCAAUUGCGGGUUCUCCUGUGACGAUUAGUGACCGGCAAUGUUAUGUGGAGGAAAAGAGAACUGCUGGUUCACGUGGUGGUGGCAGAGGAAGGUUUGCUCCUGGUAGAGGUGGUAACUUCCGAGGUGAAGGCAUGAGAGGCCGCGGGAAUUACACCGGAGGGAGGGGCUAUGGAAGGGGUGAGUUCAAUUAUCGAUCCGACUAUGGAGGCAGAGGCGCUGGUAGAGGUGGUUCAUCACGUGGUGGUGAUGUUGGCUACCAGCGGGUUGACCACUCUGCUGGUCGUGCUGCUCGGGCGCCAUCGGGCACUAGUGCCGUUGCAAAGUGAGCGAGUUAGUUGCUAUGCCUCGGUUGCUAUGCGUCGGUGAAAAAGUUUGAUAUUUUCGUGGGUUGGAAUUAUCAACAUUCGGGAAGAGGGUAUGUGUUGAGUUGGGUUUAUGUGAGAGAUUAUCAGCAAAAAUCGGGUCAUAAAUUGAAGCUUCCCUUGUUUUGUGGCAAGGGAGAGCAGUGGUGAUAUUGGUUUACUAAUUGUAGCAUAUACGUCUAUUCAGAAUUUCAGAUGUAGUCCUGGUAAGCUUGGCCCUUUUUGGAGUACCUGAUGUUUGUUUUUCCCC